UAAUCUAACAGUUACUGGCCAGUGCUGCUCGUCUUGCCGUGCCAUCCAAUGGAAAUGAAAGGGCGUGGUAAAGCCCGCGCAGUUUAAUUGUACGGUUACAGACCUCCAGGGACAAACUAGGAAGCGGAAUAAUAAAUAUUAUGAGUAUACAGUUUAAAAACGGUUCUUCAGAUUUUUUUGUUUUUUGAAUGCAUCUUGAAUUCUUCAUGGUUGGAAAGCUGCUGUUCUUAUCUAAUCGUUUAGAUCCCUCAUCGUAAAUGUCUCUCCUUUUAGAUAUUUUACAGCAUAUUUUGGACCAUUUUAUACCAGCUAACUUUGUUAACGAGGAUGUUCCUGCGUCUGACUACGGUGGUUAUACCAUGUGCAGUACUCCUGGGGUUCUUACAUUUGCUGAUGCACUUUGGGUCGCAGAAGAUGAAGGAGAACUGUUCACCCGCUUUAGGCUGCAGUGUAAGAAAGUUCAGCCAACACUGAAAAGAAAUGUUCCUUUGCAUGCCUGUCCAGAAGGGGCAGAAGUUUACAGUGAUGAGGCACUAAAGAAAAUCACAGCACUGGAGGAGGAACUGAUACGUCUUCGAGCCAAGAUUGCUAUGAUAAUCACAGUGCAGGAAAGAGGAGAUGCAGAGGAAAAAAAUGAGCAGUUAUCUCCAGAAGCUCUUCGACAUCUUCCAGGUACACCAUGCACUUCUCUUCCACCUCCGCAGUUAGCUUCAACUCCAAUUUCAGACACAGGAUAUUGCAGUGGAAAGACGACAAAGCUCCAGCCAGUUCUACCACCACAGCCUUCAUCUUUGCCAGUGUUAAUUCCUCCUCCUCCGCCCCCACUACCAUCACCAGAAUGCAGGGUCUCCAGUAGCUUAACAGCUGAUGCAAUGAGCAGAACACCUAAUGUUAAAAGAUCCACUGGCUUGGAACAUACUGCAAAGAGCAAGACUGAUAAUGUUCCCAGUAUGAUGGAUGUCCUUAAAGAAAUGAACAGAGUUACACUGCGGGCCACUGAAAGAUCACCGGGAGGUACUCCAGUAAAGAGGAAGGAUAAACGUGCUUCUCUUUCAGAUCCAGCAGCACUCAUUGCUGAUGCUCUUAAGCGAAAGUUUGCACAUACGUUUAAUAAUGAUUCUACUGAUACGGAAAAUCAGUCUUUUGAUCCUUCAUCCUUUAGCAGUCCAGAUACACCAAGGUUUGCACCUCAAGUGAAAAAGUUAAAUGAAAACAUUUUCUCAAGAUCAGAUGGUGUUAGACAGCUGCCAAAUGUGAAAUUCGGAAGACGUGUUUAAGGAGACCUCAUCUGGAAAAUAUGGCAGUAUUUUAACUUGUAUAAAGUGGACACAGAGAACGAUUGGCUUUAUAUAGAUAUUUAAAUUGCCAUUUUGUACAUUGAUAAUUCUGUUUUGCCAUAUAUCUGAAAAAAACAAUAUACAUACAUAUAUAUAUAUAUAUAUAUAUAUAUAUAUAUAUAUAUAUAUAUAUAGGGACGUCGGAAAAUUUUGUACAGCAAAAUGUUGCUUUGAGACACAUUUCUGUGCCUGCAAAAUACUGUAAAAGUUUCUGAAGUUUGUGAUUGUGAAUUUUGCCCUUUCCUGUCUUUCUAUUUCAGAUGUAUACAUUCAGAAAUGCACCAUGCUAUGGACUGUCCAGCAGCUAGCUGGUACUCAUUUUUAUGUCAUAGAAAUGUAACCCAGCAGUUCUGCCUUGGACCUAGCAUAUCCCUUGUUUAGUUUUGUUUGCAUAUGAUAUAAUAGGGUCUUUAGAAAUAAAUGGAGAAGUAUUCAUCAACAUCACUAGAUGUUUAUAGGGUAUAUUAUUAAAUGAACAGCUGUAUAAAUCAUGUGGUAAAGUCAUAUUUUUAUCAUUUCUUGGAAACAUUUGAUUCAGCAAUGUCACAAGGCUUUCUUAAAAAUAUUGGUUUACUCCUGGGCAUUUUCAUUUACUGCAUAUAAAUCUAAGUCAUUUUCUUAGAAUUUCUGUAAGUUCCAGUGUUUACAAAUGGGUGUUGCCUUUGAUAUAAGUAGAAAGCAGGCUUUAGAAGUGCUUGCUGUGUACAAUACAGGAAUUUUCCUAUAUUUACAAAUCUGUAUAUAUAAAGGUCACAAUGUGCAUUUGUAGCUGAAUAAUGAAAUAAUCUGUGCACUGUGUGAAACUGGUAUUCAGAUUUAAAACUGUUUAAUGGCUUGAGGUAACAGAUUUUCAUGGAUCAAGGCAAGCACUUUGAAUGAUCAUUGCUUCCUAAAGUUUUUAAAUUGCAGACCUGUACUAUUGAUUGGAUGAGCUUCCCUUCUCUCUCUCUGUCUCAAUGUGUGUAUGUAUGUAUGUAUGUAUAUGUAUGUAUAUGUGUAUAUAUAUAUAUGUGUGUGUGUGUGUAGUUAGACAAAAUAUACGUGUAUAUAGAUGUGUAUCUGGAGUGUUUGUGUUUAUCAUUAUGCUGAUAUAAUUGUUUUGGUGUUUAAUGGGCUAUGAGUCAAAACAGAAUGCAACACUUAAUGUGGGGGUGUUCAACAUGGACAUUAACAUAUUCUUGGAAGUAUUUUGUUGCUGCUGUGGUAACUGGUUUCAUUUUCUUCACUUUGCCAGUGAUAUGUGUUUGUUUAACCUUUGUGAUAUAAUUUGUCAGAUAUUUUUAUUAAUAUAAUUAAAAAAGAACAUGGUUAAUUGUGCAAA